AUGACAAGAAAGAGCACUGACCGCACGGAAGGUACCAAGGUCGGACGGCAGCAGUGCGAGGUCGACUGUCCGAGCCCCCUUCCGGAGCUGAGCUCCGGCACCAGCUGCCUCCUCCUCCUGCCCGGCUGCGGAAGGGAGGCGGUCAGACACCCGCUCCCACCCUCGCAGACGGCGGACCCGUGGGGCAGAGACCCUCCCGGCCCACCCUCACCCCGCUUCUGCCCCUACCCAGUGGCCCUUGCGUUCCAUCCCACUCCACUCAUCCCCCGUCUCGGCCCCGUCCCGGGUCUUGCUUGGCCGCCUCCAUUGCGGUCUUAUCGCCGGAGGCCGUGCCGGGAACUCCCGCCGGAGCUUCCCAGCGUCGGAAGGAAAGCCGGCCCUAGAAGCCAUGGGGCCGUGCCCCAGCUCCGCCUUUGCUGCAGCCGUGUCGGGCAGGGAUCCGCCCGGCGGGCUUCUCUGUUCCUGGAAGAUGAGGGCUUUCAGGAAGCGAAACGGAAAGCUCCAUCUCUUUCAGGGAACGGGGUGUGGGAAACGGAUGGCACGCGUGACUUAGGUGGAGGAGAACUGAUGUCAGAGGACUGGAAACUACCCGAUAACACAGCAGUCAGGAUGCCUGUAAAGUCCAGGAGCCACCUGCUGCUUCUCUGGAAGCAAAGAAGCAAUGCAACUAUUUGAAUAGCUGUGUUCCUUGACACUUAGAAGUUACUGCUGAUGGAUAAAAGUCCAGUUUAAUAACCUGACAAUGCAGUGUGGUAUAUGCAGUUUCUUUGGUUUGAUAAUGUUUCUUGUGUUAUGAAACAUAACCUUAAAAAGAUCUUUGAUAG